CAGAAGAGUUUCCGGGAGAGCGAAUGUAUGUGCAACGCACGAAUCACUCACAUGUGUGGCUUGUGAUGGCUAGCACAGAUGAGGCGGUCCUGUUGGAGUGUUUAAACAAACUUAACGUCGACACACAACAUCCAGAGAACUUUCUGAGCCUUCAAGAUGCUGUGGCGACAGACUUGACAUCUCUCACUAAGACCCUCUAUGACCUCCUCAAAGCCCAGGAGCCAGCAGGCUGUAACGGCAGCCCGUUGGUUGAGCUGGUGGUGACAAACUUUGACGAAGAGCAAAUCUGGCAGCAGCUUGAGCUGCAGAACGUUGCUGUGCUAAAACAUUUUAAAAAUGCAGUCGACGAGGUUUUGUCCGACGAGACGUUGUCCGUACUGGAGGAGGAGAUGGAAGAAGAGGCUGGUGACGAGGACGAAGGAGGGCUUGAUGCACAUAUGGACGAGGAAGAAGAAGAGGAGCCACGGAGGCGGUUGAAAAAGACGUCGGACCGUGCAGCUGAAGAUGAUACAGAUGAGGACUCGGAUUUAGAUUUUGAUGUGGAUGCCUUGGAGAAGCGAGAGAAACAAAAGUGGGAACCUGCAGAGAAACAUUCCAAAACGAAGGGCCUUCCCUCAGAAGUUGACGAUGAGUUCUUUAAGCUGUCAGAGAUGGAGUCCUUUCUCGAUCACAUGGAUAAGCAGGAAGGGAAGCAGCACCAGGGUGAAAACGAUGUUGACUACUUUCAGGACCUGCCCUCUGAUGACGACGAUGAUCUUGACCUUGAAAUGAUCUCUCGGAAGAAGCACAAGGAAAGCACUGCAAAGAGCUCCAGGGAUCUGAAGUACAAGGACUAUUUUGAUGCUGUGGGCGGGGCUGUGGCGAAAGAUAGUGAGGAUGAUGGCAUGCAUGAGGAAGAAGACGGACAGGAAGAAAUGGAUGAUGAAGAUGGUGAUUUUGGCCUUGACGAGAACAAAGAUCAAUCUAAAACCUCUUGUAAAAAAGUGACAUUUAACCUUUCUGGAGACGACGACAGUGAAGGGGAGGACCUUGAGGACAUUUUCGGAGGAAAUAAAACAAGUUCAGCAAAAUCUGAAUCCAGGUCCUCUUAUGAGAAGUGUCAAGAAAAGAUGUCGCAUAAGAUUGAGGCGUUGGAGAAAGCCGCCCUUGCUGAGAAGUCAUGGCAGCUGUCUGGAGAGGUGACGGCGCAAAGCCGCCCGGAGAACAGCAUGCUCGAAGAAGAUUUGGACUUUGAGCAUGCAUCUAGGACGGCUCCUGCUAUCACAGAGGAAACAACACUACAGCUUGAAGACAUCAUUAAACAACGAAUCAAAGACCAGGCAUUUGAUGAUGUGGUCCGCAAGGAGAAGCCCAAAGAAGAAGUGUUUGAAUACAAGAAGAGGCUAACGUUGGACCACGAGAAGAGCAAGCAGAGUCUAGCAGAAAUUUACGAACAGGAAUAUCUCAAGCAGACACAGCAAAAGACAGAAGAGGAGGAAAACCCAGCCCAUGUAGAAAUACAAAAACUGAUGGACACGCUCUUCUUAAAGCUGGAUGCGCUCUCCAACUUCCACUUCACACCCAAACCGUCUGCGCCUGAGGUAAAGGUGGUGUCUAACCUGCCUUCCGUCACGAUGGAAGAAGUUACUCCAGUCAGCGCAAGUGAUGGCACACUGCUUGCUCCCGAGGAAAUCAAGGCGAAAACCAAAGCGGGUGAUAUCGUAGGUGCAACCGAGAAGACGUCAACCGACAAGAAGCGCGAGAGACGACUCAAGAAGAAGGUGAAACAUUUCAAAAUCAAGGAGAAAGAGAAGCGACAGAAGCUUAAAGAAGCCAGUAAAACUGGAGAAAACAAAAGGCUGUCAAAGGCUCAAGUCACAGAAAACCUGAAGAAGGUCACCAAAGGAGGCAAAGCUACCAUAGUCAAGGAUGAGGGAAAGGACAAGGCACUGCGGUCUUCCCAAGCCUUCUUCUCACAGCUGCAGGAUCAAGUGAAAAGCCAAAUCAAAAGUGCAAAGGGCCAGCCAGCAAAAAAGAAACACAAAGACGUUUCUGCCAGCAAACUCAAGCUGUAAUGACCGAUGCAUCGUUUGGGCUGAUGAUUUUAUUGUACAGAAUGCUCUUUACGACACAGCUAUCCUUUAAGUCUUUAAGUCUCUGUAAUUUGUUUGAAUUAAAAUGAAACAAUAUUCAAAUGUA